AUUGAAGUGUUGUAUUUUGCAAAAAGUGCUGAAAUUACUGGAGUUCGUUCAGAGACCAUUUCUGUGCCGCAAGAAAUCAAGGCGUUGCAGCUGUGGAAGGAGCUAGAGACACUACAUCCUGGGUUGGCCGAUGUUAGAAAUCAGGUGAUAUUUGCUGUUCGUCAAGAGUAUGUCGAGCUUGGAGAUCAGCAACUCCUGCUUCAGCCCGGAGACGAAAUUGCCAUUAUCCCUCCAAUUAGUGGAGGAUAGUGCAUCGGAGCCAUCUAGGAAAGAUGUGGAUGAGGUUGAAGAGAAACCUAAGGACAUAAUACAGUUCACUGCUGAGAAACUGUCAGUGGAUGAAGUCUCACAGUUGGUGAUCUCCCCAAUGUGUGGUGCAGUGUCUCUCUUUGUAGGGACUACAAGAAAUAACUUUGAAGGCAAAAAAGUCAUUAGUUUAGAAUAUGAAGCAUAUCUACCAAUGGCAGAAAAUGAAAUCAGAAAAAUUUGUAAUGACAUUAGGCAGAAAUGGCCAGUCAGACAUAUUGCGAUGUUCCAUCGACUUGGUUUGGUUCCAGUGUCAGAAGCAAGCACAAUUAUUGCUGUGUCCUCAGCUCACAGAGCUGCGUCCCUUGAAGCUGUGAGCUAUGCCAUUGACUCUUUGAAAGCCAAGGUACCCAUAUGGAAAAAGGAAAUAUAUGAAGAAUCAGCAUCAUCUUGGAAAAGAAACAAAGAAUGCUUCUGGGCAGCUGGUGAUUAGUCACUUAAUUUUUGGUUCACUAAGUCUUAAAUGUGGUCACCAAUUUCCUAGGCUACACCAAUGAGGGAAUAGUAGACAGAGUGCAUGAGUGUGUGGGAAGAGGGGCUGCCCAAAGAUGGGAAGAAAUGGCUGAGUUUAAACAUGAGAUAAGGUGCUAGAGCACCCUUCAGUGACUAACCCUGACUUCAGCCUGCUCACAAUGAGCUGUGGCCUUCCUUUUAUGGUCAGCUGUCCUAGGAAGACCUCUCUGUCCCACAGUGUAUUGACAGCCCUGUUGUCAAGCAUGUAUUACAAAAAAUUGGCAGGAUCAGAAAGUCAUUGUCAGUUUUGAUAUUACAUAUCUUACAUAACUUGAAAGUGAAACUAAACAAAUCACGAUUCAAAUAGCUUAAAAGUAGAUCCUGUUUGUUUAUAGUCAUCGAUAAUACCUAAGGAAUUUUAUAUUAUAGACUCCGCUAUGACUUCAGUGUUUAUCGUCAGUGAUAAUACCUAAGGAAUUUCAUAUUACAGAGACUGCCAUGACGUCAAAAUCUAUUAAUUAUACAAUAAAGCUUUUUAUAUUUCAUUAGUUAUCAGUAUUCUUAUGUCUGUACAAAUUAGCAUAAAUUAUUGCAAAAUAACUAGCAAGCAGCAAGUGGUUUGUAUUAAAAUGGUGUCUGAUGUUUAAAAGUUGGCUCACAACUGUUUAGAGAGAUUAUGUAAUUAUUUAUUAACGUAGUUUGGAUAGUUUUCAUAAUGUUUAUGUAACAUUAGCCUGUGUGAAGUUAUUACUAAACAAAUUUUCUGCAAGAUUAUUAUACCAAACAUCUAGCUUUGGAUUGGUGAAGCUGUCAUGGCAGGUUUGUGUGCAAAAGUCUCAUAGAAUUUGUUUUGAAUUUUUUGACUUUAUUGACAUAUAUUUGACAAGUAAAAUAUAUUUGAGUUCUGUAAUGUGGCGUUGGAAUGCUUGUGUUGUGACCAUGGCAACCGAGAUGAACAACACAUCUGUCACUUCAUAUAGGUGUGGUGUGGGUGGGGGCUUAAGGGGCACUCUGAACUCACAAAUAAUUAAAAUACCAGCAUAACUGGAUAAUUAACAUCAUCAUAGAAUUAGCAACAUUCAUACUAAGAAUAAAUACUACUUUUAAACACA